AAUAAUGUUAGCAACAGUGUAAAACUCAGCAGAAUGUGCACCUGUUGUGUUUGCAAGGUGCUGGUGGAAACGCCGGAGGGAAAAUAAGUGUCUACAAUCUCCAUAUAUUCUCUGUUAGCAUCAGGUGAAGCGCUGGCCUGAGUGUUUUUGCCGUGCCUUACCAAGUCGUGGACCAUGAUGGAGCGAAAAAAAGCCUUAACUCUCCCAUUUACUGUAGACAGUGAUGCAUUGAUGGAAAGCCCAUUCAGAAUCCCCAUGACAUGUCUUUCAUCACAGUGUGAGAAGGUUCCCUGGCAGGAAUUUGCAGGUCGCAAACGCAGACAUUCUGAUUCACUGCGUAAAAAUGGAUCCAUGCUGUUUGAUCACAAGCAUGUAGCAAAUGUCACAUUGGAGAUGGACAGGAGGAAGCCCUGUCUCAUCCUGACAGACAUCCUAAAGACAGAACAGGGCAGGGCUCAUAUGGAAAGGAUAAGAAAGAGGUGUAACAUGGCAAAUCGAGGACAAGUGUCAAACACACGGAGGGAGAGCGGUCCCUGCAAAGAGGAACCCCUGAUCACCAGAGACACGAGGUCAGGUCAGAGGUUGGCCAAGAACGAUAAGAAUAAGAAUGUAACCCCGAAAUGCAACCAGAAGGCUGCCUCCUCUCCUUCUCAAAGAUCACGACUGCGGCGAAGGUUACAAAAUGCUGAUGACGAAGUGGACAAAGAGGAAAGAGACAUCGAGGAGGUGGUAAUUGGCAAGGACAGCGGAGAGGACUACAAACUGGAAGUUGUUGAUUGUGGGUUGUCAGUGAGGUGGGAUCCUGCCGAGGAUUCGGGAGGAUGUGAUGAGUUCUCCCCAGCUCGCAUCAAGGACAGGUGGACCGAUUCAGAAAAAGAAUUACAGCACAGUUUGCAGAAGAGGAAAAGAAUGGAUACAGGGUCCCAGUGCAACGGAACAGUUAGCUCAAAAUGCCACCGUGAAAGUGUGCUGCGCCUCACUGGAGAAGACCGGAGAGAUGGAGGACCAGACCCUCCAGAUAUUUGCCUGGAAGAUGGUGGAGAAGGUGGAGAAGACGGAGAUCUGGAGAGCCUCGACCGUAGCAUUGUACAGUUCACUGUGGGGGCAGAGGAUCCAACAGAAGGCCUGCUUCCGAUCAUCAGUGCCAAUAUGCAGGCUGGAGAAUUUAUUGUUACCCCCCUACAAAGUCCAUCAUCGGGCCAGGACAACGCAACCAAAACCAGCCCAUCUGAACCCAUUAUCCUGUCCAGUGACGACGAGGAGAGCUGUGACGUUCCUCAGCACUGCAGCCCUGCGGCCCAUACACUGGUCGCUGUGGAAGACGCAAUACAGGGACAAUCCCCAGAGGGAGCUGUGGCUGAACAUCAAGAAGGUUCUGACCUGGAAAACGUACAGCUGCUGCAUGUAGUUGUAGAAGAUCUUCCCUCAAUGGAAGUUUCUCUCAUCCCCACUGUAGACUACUCCUGCAUGCAGGUGGGCUUCUCCACCCUGCACUGUGGAGGUUACCAAGGGAAAUCGAAUGGAGACAUCAUGAUGGCAGAUGAAAAAGUCAUCAUUCCACUGAAAGACUCCAGUGAAGAGGUGGAGGUUAUUAUAACCUUUGGGCGUAAAGAGCUGCGGAGGUACAGUGUUUGGGAGCAGCAGGAACUGGAGGCCCAGGAGCUUCACUUUAGGAGCAACGAGGAGCUUUGCCCCCCUGCUUUCCUUCUGCUUUGUGUGUCAGAGACGGCUGGAGCUGCAGUACAGCGGGACCUCGUCAAGCUCUGUGUUGAUCAAGAUGCAACCACAAACACUGGGAAGGUGAGCCCCUUCAUCCUGCUGACUCUGAGACAUCCUCUGGAGGGAAUGGAGGGGGCUUUAUUCCGCUCCCUCCUAGAUAUCGACUGCCUCAACAGUCUUGCCGAAAAAUCCGUCAAUCCUCAUAAUACAGACAUAAUGAGUGAUUUUGAAGACUUCCACGCUCCUGUUCUAUCUCUGGAUGAUAGCAUAGACCUGGUUAGAAGAACUGGACUGGACCCUCACCUGCUGUCUCUGCUCGGCCUGGACAGCGCUGAGGCUGGACUUGACACAGACCAGGACGGUCCAUAUUCUGAUACAGACACAGAUCCCAUACCACUCAUCCCACUGGAGGUAGAGUCACAGACAGAGACAAUACUGGGGCUGGAGACAGAGACAGAACCAGACCCAGAUACACCACUCGAACUAGAGGAGGAGCAGAAAGAACAGGAAGAGCUUCCCUCUGAGAAGAAAAAGGAGGAACCCACUCCUGUGUACACUCUGUGCCAUCGUAGAACCAAAGGAUCCUACUCAGUGUCCCUCUGUAAACCGGACAGCCGCUGGACUAAAUACAAACAUCAGGGCGUAGCUCACAGGUUGAUUCAGUUUCCUCCUCCACCACUGAAAGGAGGAAUAACAGUUACAAUGGAGGACCUGCAGUGCCUUGACAGUGGGCAGUUCCUCAAUGAUGUUAUCAUUGAUUUUUACCUCAAAUACCUCCUCCAUAAGGCCUCUGAUGCUGUCACAGAGCGCUCCCACAUCUUCAGCAGUUUCUUCUACAAGCAGCUGACAAGGAGGGACAAUGCCAGUGAAGGCAUCACCAAGGACGCCUGUCAGAGGCAGAGGCGGCACCAACGAGUGAAGACAUGGACGCGCCACGUUGACAUCUUUAAAAAGGACUUCCUGUUUGUGCCUGUCAAUCAAGAGGCGCAUUGGUAUUUAGUUGUCAUUUGCUUUCCUGGACUCGAUGAGGCAAGAUUUGAGGCCUGGGAUGGUCAAAACUCACAGAUGGGAAUGAGCCAAAGUGAGACAGACGAGUUCCAGGAUCAAGAGGCGUCGCAAGGAUCCAAAAGCCCAACUGAUACCUCUGAGACACCACCCACACCACCAACAUUAAAUCACACUGACGACGUUGACACUGACACAGAAAACGUUCCAGAAGAAUCCACCACCAAAGAUCUAAAACCUGGUCCAGUGAGCUGCACAGAGCAAACCUGCCAGAAGAAAACUGUUUGUAAGAGGCCGUGUAUUCUUAUCAUGGAUUCCCUCAAACGUUCCCUGCAUGAGCGAGUCUUCAAACUUCUACGGGACUACUUGGAGUCAGAAUGGGAGGUCCGUCGCGGUUCAACAAGGGAGUUUGGUCCUGAACAGAUGCAAAGCUCACACUGCCAAGUUCCCCUUCAGGACAACAGCAGCGACUGUGGCCUCUACCUGCUGCAGUAUGUUGAGAGUUUUUUGAAGGACCCUGUGGUGCACUUUGACCUCCCUCUACAACUAGAACGUUGGUUUCCACGGCAUCAGGUGCGAAGGAAACGAGACGAAAUCAGAGAUCUGGUUCUAAACCUUUACAGAUGUCAAAACCUGGAUGGUAACAGAUAGACGUGUGAAGCAGCUCUGCUGUUCAGCGCAUCACAUUCCUGUAGCCAUUAUAUAUCACUGCUCAUACUGAGCAACGGACACUUCAGUGUGAACUGAAAAUAGUUACUUUAAAUUACAUGCUGUUAUUAUUUUAUGCUUUAACAUAACAUGGACACUUUUGACUAUCUGUGGAUCACGUGAGUGAACAUGAAGGCAUCAGUUAAUUUAAAAGGUUUAAAGUAGAUUGUAUCUAGACGUGAAAACAUUAGUAUACCCCAUGACUUUUUACUGAUUGUUUUUAUGCUGCAAGAUAUUUUAUAUUUAAUUUUGUUUGUAGAAGUCAAACAAGCGAUUGCUUGAAAGUGUUACUAUGGUAAAACAAACUAGUUUGUACAGCAAAUUGUAUGCAGUUUCGGUUGUUUUUACAUGCUUUGCUUACAUUUGUUAGACAUUUCAUGUCAAGUGUGACUUAAUGUUGCAGUCAUGGGUUAUCUAAUAAAAACUGUGCUGAUGCUGCACUCUGACUUCCCCCAACUUCCAGGAAGAAUAUGAAAUGCAUUGCGUUUCCAUUUUGAAUUUCAUUAUAAAAUCUCAUGCCAUUGAAGCCUCAGGAACUGGAAUCAUAAUGUUUAACAGCAGUUCCAUCCAUACCCUUGUUGGAUAGAAAAACUCUUUUUGUCACUCAGUGCCUCACUCAGUUAUCCGUUAACAUCCCAAUGCCAGAUAGGAGACAUGACAGUGUCUGCAGACGACAAGAAACUAGGCUCAUCCUCUCACCUCUCGUAGGCACAAAGCUGAAGCUGUUGUAUGAUACCAUUUAUCUCUGACACUCUCUAUCCAUCACGGACUCCUAAAAUAUAUUAGGACACAGUGUUUGUGUCUGAUAUCAACCUUCUCCUGCACAAAUUGAAUCAAGUACACGAAACUGGAAUAUGACAGCAGACUGCUGCAUAUCGUAAAUUUGCAUAUACCUUCUAAAUCACUGUCCUGAUAUUAACGUGGCAUUGAAGUCUUCUUGUCUCUCUGUCAUUGUCAUUUAUUCAUCCAGAUUUGACCUACUUUAAUGAGACCUAAGAAACAUUGCAGUCCAUCGCUGCUGUUGCCUAAGUUCUUCUCAGCAGAGACCAGUCAUGAUAGUCUUGAAGAUUAUCGUGUUUAAAUUCAGAUGUUAAUGUCUCCUUUAACACUUAAUGACGCCCUUAAUAAUUUUUUUAGACAAGUUGUUUGAUGAAAUAUACAGAAGCUGAUCCAAAACACAUUUGGUUUCAUUUGUGUAUUAAAGCUUGUAGAACAAAUUACA